ACUCACUCUCGUCCCACGCGCGGAAACACAGCAUCGGGACACGAUAACUCGCGCUCCACACGACGCUGUACUCGACCUCGAGGCGGCGCGGGGGCGGCGGCGCCACCGCGUCGUCGUCUUCUUCCAGCAUCUCCUCCUCGUCUUCGCUGCCCGCCUCUUCGUCAGGGGCGAGCCACAGCGUCGUCCGUCGCGCGAGAUACCCCUGCUCGCCCCGGAACUAGGAUCAGCCCCGUCAUCGUCUUGCGCGCGUAUGCUGCGCUCACCCGAUCACUCGUCGUGCGCCACUCCCAGCCCGCGUUCGUGCGGUCGGGACCGAGGCCCGCACCCCGCUCACGUGGAUACUUGUUCACGAAGGCGUGGGCUGCGGCCGCAAAUGCCGCUGAGGUAGGGUACGGCGGAGGCAUCGGAUCUUCACUCGCUACCGUAAGCCGGGAUACAGAAUGCAUGCGGAUAGGAUAGCUGUGCUAGAGAUAGCAAGAGAUGGUGGGGCAACUACUGACCGCCCUUGCCCUUCUUCUUCUUGUUCUUCCUCUUUUUGCCGCCGCCGCCCGUCGAUGUGGACGCGCCGGCCUCAGCCACGGCGGGAGUGGAAGCGGUGGAGGGCUUCGAGGUCGAGUCGCUCGCGUCGGUGCUGCCCUCCGCUUCGUCCUCUUGUUCCGUCUCUGUGACGGUAAGCUGGAUCAGCUUGCCCUCACCGUUGAGCUCUUUGAUGGCAGCCUCGGCGGCCUUGGCAACAGAGCCGUCCGCCUUAGUGUGUCCAGCAGGGGCCGCGAUGAUCGCUUCUCCAGUGGUGUCGGAGGUGUUUCCAAUGACGGCAACGUCGACGUGGUGGUUGGACGACUGCGCUUGGGCGCUCGACAGCUCCUCGGUGGGAGGAGACGGCGACUCCUCAAUGUCCACGAGACGAGGCUUCGGCGACGAAUAAAUGACGUCCUUGCUGCCCUGUCUGUGGGGGCCCUUUGCGGUCAGGUAGUCGUGGUGGUCUGCGUCGUGGAUGGUAGAAGGGGUCUCGGUGAGGUUGACAAGAACGCCCUCGCGAGGGGGGGCUGGAGACUGGCCACGAGAGCCUGCGUUACCCUGUGCGUCAGUAAGUCCAGACGACCUAGCGGCGCGUGGCUGCACGAGCCGCAUAUCACGCACCGAUGGGCGCCUGCUGAAGGCGUUGAUUACGCGGUUGCGCUCAAUGAUACCGCCUGUGGUCAGUCGAUAACUCUCCAAUGGCAUGACGCACGCAUAAUAGUAGCGGUCGCCUUGCGCUGGGCCUUUCUCUUCGAGUGGUUGUCGUGGUAGCGAUCCGUCUCAUCAAUGAUCUCCUCGCCAAUGAUCCUGGU